AAGUGACUUUAGAAUCAGCUGCAUGCUGAGUCGUCCCUGUACCAUCAGUCUGGGCCCAUCACCUCAUCUCCAUGUGGUAUUACCUACCAUUGAUAAAAGUUCUGUGUACGCCUACUGGGGAGGCAGGAGACAAGCCCUGCUUGGUGGGGGAGAAGGAGUGGAUCACUGCCCCAGUUCCCCAGACCAUCAGGGACCUCUUCCAAAAUGGGAACUGGACGAUGGCGAACCCCUCCCCUGCCUGCCAUAGUAGCCAUGACGAAAUCAAGAAGAUGCUGCCUGUGCCUCCUCCACAGGCCAAAGCAUUCCAUUGCGUAUGUGAGAAUUCACAAUCUGCUGCUCUUAUAAGGUCAAAAACAGUGGACCAAGGAGUCCCUGCUGUGGCACAAAGGGCAAGAGCACGUCAGUGGACAUCCUUAUGUCCAUCAGUAUCCUCCCUGCAAUGUCCUUCGUCCCAGCCAUCUUUGUCCUGAUUCUGAUCCCGGAGCGGGUCAGCAAACAGAAGUACCUGCAGUUCAUCAGCAGGGUGAAGCUUGUCUUCUACUGGCUCUCCAACUUUGUCUGGGACAUGGUAGGAAUCUGGUCUAUGGCUGCUUUACAAACCUCUCUCAGGGCUCUGGGUUGGAUGGAAGAGCUCCUGGUUAUUACCAGGAAAUGUUCUAGCUGGUCUCAAGACUGAAAGAGGAAAAGGCAGAGGCAGUUGUAUACUUUUGUGUCGCUAAAGACGGUCCUGAGCACAGAGCUAAUAUCACACUAGAAAGAGAAUCAGUCCACACUGGCUGCAGUUAAUACCGUCACCACCUCAUUCCCUGAGUGACAACUUGGCAAAGAAACUGAGGUGGAAGACUCCUAGUCAAAAUUCAAAUGAAUGCCUCUAACAUGUCUGGUAAAUUGAAACCUCCAGAGUCAGGGUGUUCUCUGCCACACUAGGAACUCAUGUGUCCUUUGAACUCCUGAGGACCAGGUAAAGGAGAGGUGACCAUGCUUCCUGUUUUUCAGUUUUCCCAUAGACAGCUAACUGAUAAUUUAUUGUAUUUGCAACAUGUUAGAAACAUAAAAUAGCAUAAGUACAGGUUACCAGGAAAGCUUAGAAGUACCAAACCUAGUUUAAGAAGGCUGGGGCAUACUACUAAAACAAAAACUAAAGUGUCUUGUAGGAAAAUCCUUGUAUUUCUGUGACAGCACUGAAGAAAUUCUCCUUGUAAGGUCGUAAGCAGGCUAUUUACUUGACAUAACAAUGUUUACAAUAUAGUACAUUAUUACUGUCCCAUUACCUUCUGGCAACACAACAACAGCUCCAGAGAUAAGGAUAAAAAUAUAAAACACAAUAGAGAGAAUCAGAUUGUAUAUAUAGGCUUUUAUUAGGGCAAACAUGUCCAUAUCAAAAAAUAACUCAUGAAAACAAACAGAUGACCAAGUACCUUUGUUAAACAGUGAUCCAAAAUGAAGUAAAAAUUAGUAAAAUUAACUGUAAUGACACUGCAGCAUAUAAACCAAGGAGUCAUCAAUGAUUUUUAAUAGCAGGACCUAACAGUAUUAUUUUCCAAGUAACUGAUUAUUAAUGUAAAAACUAUAAUUAAUAAGAUGACACUGAUGAUAUUGUACUUUUCCGUAAUAAAGAAAUAUGCUUAAUAUUUUUAUGAAUAUCAAGCCUUAAAAUCUCAGAAAAACUGACAUGAUGAAAGGUUGAUAAUGUAUUCAAAUAACUUAAAAAUAUUAUCACAUGUAUGGAAAUGUAACAUGAUCAUUUGAAUAUUAGAAGAUGCUUUAAAAAUAGAGGGCUGUCAAAUGGAGUGUAAGAGAUAUUCUGAAACAA